AUGACGUCACCCAACAGUUGUUCAUCACCAACACCAUCGUCAUCGUCAUCGGACCAAUCUGAUGUAACUACAACAAGAAGCACCCACUUGUCUGAAACUCCACCCAGAAACAACAGCACAAGAAAGAGAAGAAGAGUUUCGUCUCCUCCUUCUUCUAAGCAUCCUGUUUACAGAGGAGUACGGAUGAGAAGUUGGGGCAAAUGGGUCUCCGAGAUCCGACAGCCUCGCAAGAAGACAAGAAUCUGGCUCGGCACUUUCGCCACCGCAGAUAUGGCUGCGCGCGCUCACGACGUCGCUGCUCUCACCAUCAAAGGCUCCUCCGCCGUCAUCAAUUUCCCGGAGCUCGCCUCUCUCCUCCCUCGUCCGGCGUCAUCUUCGCCGCAAGAUAUCCAAGCAGCUGCCGCAGAAGCGGCCGCCAUGGUCUUCGACGGAAAAAUGUCUGAGACAGAGGCGGAGGGGGAGCCAGAGAUGGAGGAGGAGGAAGUACCACCAUCGUCGGAAUCUUCUUACGUGGCGGCGGAGUCAGAGGAGGAGAGGUUGGAGGAGAUUGUAGAGCUGCCUAACAUUGACGAGGGAAGCUACGAUGAGAGCGUGAACUCACGCGCUGAGCUGGCUUAUUCUGAGCCGUUGGAUUGUUGGGUGUAUCCUCCUCCUCCGGUUAUGGAUUUUUAUGAAGAAAUAUUGGAGUUUGAUUUCGUGGAGUUAUGGAGCUUUCCUCCCACGGAAUUGAUUAAUCACUGA